UAACAAUGAAUGACGAUUAUUCGAGAACUCGUACCUUUGCAGAAUUAAAACAGAUAAAACCUGAAAAAUUACCUUCUUAAAGAUAAAUUUCUAAUCUGAUUGAUUAAUUUGAUUGGGAUUCCAAAUAUGGCCCAUGUUCUGGGAUGACUAGAGAAGACAGGUAAUAUUAUAUUUAUUCAAUCCUUAGAUACAAUAGAGCAGUUGUUAAUGGAUUGAAUCCUCCAUCCGAGAUAAAUGGUUAUUUGAACUCAAAACCACAUCCACAUUCUUAGUUCUAUAAAUUAUGCUGAAAAAAAUAAAAUUGACAGUAAUAUAAUUUAAUGAUAAAUACUUCGUUAAACAAAAUUUAAUAAAGAAAUUUAUU